AUGCCUCCUGCGCGUCGUGUUCCCGGGAAGUCCUCUAACUCGAACUCUAGGUCACAGGGCUCUAACAGCGCCAACAGCUCAGCUUUUGGUGGAGAACCCGGGCAAGGCAACGAUGACGGUAUCGCCAACACCUCCGCGGCCGCCCCUAGCGAGCAGGUUCCCCAAGAACCUCCCCUCGGUGCUGGUUUUGGAGCCCUUCAAGCUUUCCUCCAAGACCACGAGUUGGAGGAGGCCGAUCUGUGGUUUCUUGAAGACAACGACCUUCCCGAUCUCAUACUUAGAGUUCAACUACGUCGGUACCGUACGACGAGGGUACCCCCGCCAAUCGCGAUGUUCGGUCAACCCGACGACACUGGCAAUGCCCCAGAGAAGGUAUGGCAUACCCCGCCAUCUGUGAUGCAGCAGCACUCACUGCUGGGAACUCAUUUCUCAAGCGGUACCCCGGCUCCCACUUUUGCUGGCCACGAAAAUGGACCGCCGAACGCUCCCAACCUAGCAGUAGCGGCUGAUCCCCGUUCGCACUCAUCCGAUGAUGUUGUCCCCCACGGCUACCGUUCUUCGCUCGGUGAUCAUCUUAAUGGAUCUUCGUCCCCUUCUGCCACUGGCGUCGGUUCUUUGUAUCGAGGUUUGAGCGCCCUAUCGAAGGUGCCCUUACCCGAUGGAGGAAAGUAUCGUGGUCAACAAGAUGCUCGUCCCAUAGUUUGCCUACUUUCGGAUAUCUCCUCAACUGCUGCCGAUUUCCACCUCAACGCUGCCGACACCUAUCUGUACCUAACUCAGUGUCUCGACUCGUCUGUCUACAAGCAGCUUGGCAAGCAUAUCCGCCGCAUCGGACUCUCGACGGGUGACUCGUUACAGAAACUCCAGGAAGCCGAUCGUUUCCUACGAGCCCGAUACAAGAUGACCAACAACAACGGCAAGUUUGUUGCCCGUAUCGAUGCUUUGAAGAUGGAGAAAUUGGAAACUCCCACUAGCUUUGUUGACCGACUCCGUGCACUCCUCGACGAGGGACUUGACAUCGGUAUUCAACACACUCCUUACCAGGAGAAACAGUUGUUUAUCAAAGGACUGUCACCUCAUUACCGAGAACAAGCUUGUUCGGUAUGGCCAAACAUCAGCAAUAUCAACGAGCUGGCUGAACUUCUCACCGACUGGGAUAUUCAGAGGAAGAAGUAUUCCCACUCUGUAUUGGGAAACACUCUGAAUACGACAGAACAAGCGAUGGUGUCGUCUACUGCUGAAUCUCUACCUGGGAUUGCUCAGGCUGUCCACACCGAUAACAACAAGAUGGCCACUGUAGCGAGUAGCAUACGAAAGGGUUCCUGCUAUCGGUGCAAUAAACCGGGUCAUCGUGCAGGUGUAUGUCGUUCUCAAAAUGUCUACCAAAUCAACAAAAGAUGCAGCAAGUGUGGCGACUUCAGCCAUUCGAUUGCAGAAUGUAUGCGUACCCUUCUCACUCCGUGCCCAAGGUGUCGCAAACCUGGUCAUAUGGCUGGCGUAUGUAUCGAGUCUUUAGCCACUGGUCCGGCUCUUUCUGCAACGGCGACUACCAAUGCAGAGUCAGCGGUUGAGAAACCAGCUUGUACGGAAUCAGCUCUAAUGGCGACGCAAGUUGAUGCACCUUUUGCCUACCUGAAUACCGCUGACAACUUCAACUCCGAAUGUGGUACCGUUGGAGAGCCAUUGGACGUUCCUAUUUUUCCCCCGCUGCACCGUUACUGUCGGAUUUUACCUUCUACAGAUGAUAAUCACCGAGGUGUGCUCUGUCGUGCCCAAAUCGAUAACGGAGCUGGCGCGUGUUACAUCGACUCUACUCUCCUUGACGAUCUACGACACGUGGUGUACCGUACGUCGAACGUCCAACCAAAAAUACCUAUCGUACCGUCUUCGGAAACAACGAGGCCCAGCAUCACGAUACCGCAGUUCUGCUGA